UUCUUGUCGCUGUUGUGCAGUUGGCAAGAGGCAGACAACAGAGUGUCAGAAGGAAGGUGAUUUUCUAAUAAAACAUAAUAAAUCCCGUGUUUCGAGAUAUUUUUGUGCGUAUGAUGUUCAUAGAAGGGAAGAAUACCAACUACACGUCCAAACAUUACAUAGUAAUAAAUGCUAGGCAUAACCAAACAACGUCAAUUAAUGCUGGUGACGAUUUGAAUAUACCAAACCAACAAAAUGAAGCUUACAGAUCUAAACAUCGACUGUCUUUUGAGAAUUUUUAAAUAUCUAUCUGAACGUGAACUAAUUAUCCUGUGUGAGGCGAGCAACUAUCUGAACGCAGUCAUCGAUCAAAACAUUUUCUACGCCAUGACAAAGGAUUUGCUACUAUGUGGACAUAGAAAUAAACCAUGCGUGGAGCGAAGGAAUCCGACGCAGUUGAGUUAUUUGCGACGUUUACAAAUAGCUAGAAAUUGGCUUAAAGGGGACUAUGUGGAGCGACAUUAUUAUCACCACGCUCAGAUGUUCGCCUCGAAGCUUUGGUUGGACUCGGACACCUUGUAUAUAACUCAUGCGAAUUAUUUGCGCAAAUAUCGUCGGGCUGGUCCCGAAGCGCUGCAACGACGCUAUGAGGAGGAGAUCAGCACUCCCACCUUAUCAGAUAUAUCUGACUUUGUGAAGAAGCAGGACACCAUCUUUGCAGGACGAGUGUGUGGCACCUGCUUUGUUAAGGAUGCCGAUGAUAUUACGGAGCAGCCAAUGCACCAUGCCAAGGAGUAUUUGUUCUGUGUGGAUUUCCUGGAUGAUGUUUACGUUACCAGCACAGACAACUGCUGUAAGCUGUGGAAACGUUCCAAAGAGUUUGGAUUGACUCAUUUUGAUCUAUUUAUGCGGCUGGGCCAUUCGUUUAAGUCUAUGAAAGUUAGCAACGAUGGUCAGUGGCUCUAUGGAGGCUUAUACACGGAUACAGGACGCAGAGCAUUGCGUGCUAUUCACGUGGAGAGUGGUGAAGAGCUUGUGUUCAACUCAAACACCAUUUCCAUUUACGAUCUAAAACUAAAAGAUGAUCAAGUCUUAUUCACUGCCAAUUUUGAUACUACAUUUCGCAUGUUCGAUCGACGAACGGAUCGUGAUGUUGCCAUAUGGGAGGAUCCUUUUGACUCGUCCAUCUAUUGUCUCGAGUAUGACGGACUCUAUGCCGUGCUGUGCGGUGCAAAGCAUCACAGUCGCGUUAAUCUCUACGAUAUUCGUGUGCCUGGCAAAUAUAUACAGCUGUACUUUCCGGGACGCAACACUGGACGGCAGCAGUACAGAACUUCGCCGGUCUAUAGCCUUGCCUGUGAUAGUCAAUACAUGUUUGUGGCUACAGAUCACAACUUGCGCGUGUUCGACUUCACCACAAACUAUGGUGUCCAAAGGGAUUACAGCCAUUUUCUUGAUACCAUAAGAUAGUGAAACUAAUUGUAAUGUAACAUUUUGCUUCAUUUUUACAAGUAAAUUAAAUUAGUUCUCUAUGUAGAUCAAUGCAUUUAGAUCA